CUAGAACUUAUUUGUGAACAACAUGAAGUUUGUGGCUGCUUUAUUGGUCAUAUCCUUGGGAAUCCUAGCCUUGGCUGAGGCCGAUCCAAUUGUGGAACAGUGUCCUUCGCCGUGCACAAGGGAAUAUAGACCAGUGUGCGCCGAAUGGCGUAGGCAUAUUAGGGGUACAACACGUCCCGUAAUCAGUCGAUGCACUUUCGCAACUGAAUGCGUUCUUAAUAACCACAGAUGCAGAACGAAUCAAAAUUGGGUUACCAUCGAUGAGACACGCAAAUGCAGGAACGAAACUUCGGAUUGCGAUCGUCUACGAAAAUUGACCUAGAAAUAAAAUCUCUUGAUAACAUCUGUGCCUACAAUAAACCUAUAUAAUUUGCUUA